GUCAAAAGAUGCUGUAAAACGUACCAUUCUUUCAGCUUUUAUUUUCAUUUUCUAAGGGUCAUGAUUCAUGACAAGACAUAGCAUAGAGUAAAGGCCAAUUAUUUUUUCGAAAGCAAAUAAAAACCCAAAACCCAAUUUCUACUUUUAGAGGCAAUAUUGGAAACUAGCUGAUUGUCCCAAAAAAUAAAUAAAUAAUAAAAUAAAAAAUGGCUGAUCUUCAACCAAUGAAAAGCAAGAAGCUUGAAGGAAAAGUAGCAAUAGUCACUGGCGGUGCCAGCGGCAUCGGUGAAGCCACGGCGCACAACUUCAUCAACCACGGUGCACGCGCAGUAGUGAUCGCUGACAUCCAAGAUGAAAAGGGCCAAAACGUCGCCGCAUCGAUCGAUUCCGACCGCUGCACAUACAUCCACUGCGACGUUACAGACGAAGACCAGGUCAAGUCCCUUGUGGAAUCCACAGUUUCAAUUUACGGCUGCCUCGACAUCAUGUUCAGCAACGCCGGCAUUUCCAGCCUUAGAAGCCAAACAGUAUUGGACCUGGAAUUCUCCGAGUUCGACAAGAUCAUGACCGUGAACGCACGCGGCAUGGCGGCGUGUGUGAAGCACGCCGCACGUGCGAUGAAGGAAGGAGGAGUUAGGGGGAGCAUAAUAUGCACGUCGAGCGUUUUGGGUUCACGAGGGGCCGGAGUUAGCACGGACUACGCGAUGUCGAAGCAUGCUGUGGUGGGUCUCAUGAGGUCGGCGAGUUUGCAGCUCGCCGGCCAUGGGAUUCGCGUGAACUGCGUGUCGCCGGGCCCGGUGGGGACGCCUGGCGCGUGCAAGACUUUGGGAAUCGAUGAGGAGCGUGCGGAUGAAGUGGUGGAGCCUUUGUCGCGGUUGAAAGGUGUGCUGAGGAAGAAGCAUGUGGCUGAAGCGGUGUCGUUUUUGGCAUCUGAUGAGUCGGAGUUCGUUACUGGUCUUGAUUUGGCUGUCGACGGUGGGUUUGUUGCUCCGGCAGCUCCUUAGUCAGUCAUGAUUUUGUUGGUGGGUUUAUAGCCGUUGACCAAAAAGUUAAUGAAUUAAAAGAAUCUUUGGUUAAAUAAUUUAAAGUUCUUUUUUCCUUAAAUAA